AUGUCGGGCCGCGUCGCUGCUGCAGCUGCUGCUGCAGCUGCAGCCCUGUUUGCAGCCCAUGGCAUCAUGCCGUGCGCGGCCAAGGCGCCGCACGCCAAUGCCGUCAAGACGGCGCAGAUGCCGGCCGGAUUCUCAAACCGCAUCUUCUACGACGACUUCUCGGGGCCCGAGGGAUCGCUUCCGGACGCGUCGAGAUGGACCAUCGACCAGGGCACCCAGUACGACGGGGGGCCCGAGCAUUGGGGCACCCGCGAGGUUGAGAGCUACACGGCCGACUGGCAGAACAUCCACAUCACGGCCGACGGGACGCUCAAGAUCACGCCCGUCCGCGGCGACGGCGACUCGUGGACGUCGGCGCGCAUCGAGACCACGGCCGACUGGGACUUUGCCUGCGCGUGCGGCGAGCGCCUCCGCGUCGAGGCCAGCAUCAAGCUGGGCGACAAUGCCGAGGACAGGUCGCUGGGCAUCUGGCCGGCCUUUUGGGCCCUGGGCGCCGCGUACCGCGGCAACUACCAGAACUGGCCUGCCCUGGGGGAAGUCGACAUUCUCGAGACCGUCAACGGCCUGCGCAAGAUCUGGAGCGUCGUCCACUGCGGCACGAGCCCCGGCGGCGUCUGCAACGAGCCCAACGGGAUCAGCCACACCACGGAGCCGUUUGAGCGCGGUGUCUGGCACUCGAUGGCGUGGGAGAUUGACCGGUCGGGCUCGGGCCCAGAGUCCAUGACUUGGUACGUUGACGGGCGGCCGCAGUGGACGCUGUGGGAGCAGGACGUGGGCGAUGCCGAUGCGUGGCACGCACUGGCCGCCGACCCAAAGAUGCUGCUGCUGAACGUUGCUGUCGGCGGGGGCUUCCCGGACGGCGUCUCGGGCCUGAAGACGCCCACGGACGAGACGCUUGGCGGCGACGGCGCGAGCAUGGAGGUGGACUACGUGGCCGUCUACUCGGAGGGCGGGUGGUGA